UUAUUUUGUUGUCAUCUCGUUUCUGUUCUUCAAAUUCAUCUUUUCUUUUAUUAAACUUUUCCACUGCAAUUUAAAUUCAUUCUACUAGGAUGAAGUUUCUCAGCCUAACCCUCAUUGCGCUUUCCUUCGCGUUUCUUCUAGUCAUCGGUGACUCGGCACCCGCAGCACUAAAGCAACUUCAAAUUGGAGUGAAAUUCCGACCAGCCUCCUGUCCCCAGCGGACCUCCCUGGGUGACAAGAUAUCCGUGCACUACACAGGAAAGCUUCUGAGCACCGGUGAGGUGUUUGAUUCGAGUCUUGAUCGGAAAGAGCCUAUUGAAUUUACCGUCGGGCAUGGGCAUGUUAUCAAGGGGUGGGAUCAAGGGUUGUUGAAUAUGUGUAUUGGGGAGAAGCGCCGGUUGAAGAUUCCGGCUGAGUUGGGGUAUGGGAAAAGGGGUCGCCGCCGGUUAUUCCUGCAAGUGCUGAUUUGGUUUUUGAUACGGAGUUGGUCGCUAUUAAUGGGAAGACGGCAGAUAUGUUUGAGCAUCAGGAGCUGUGAGAAGAAGAAAAAGUUGUUUCUAAGGCAAAGCAAAAUGAAACUGUUACAGCCAUUCAUAUAUGCUUUUUUGGCUUAGAAUAACACAAGCUGGAAGGGGAUUUAUUAAUAAAAUAACAGUCCUACUUACAAAAU